AUGACUUCAAAUUCACUCGGAAGCGUGUUUUUCUAUGCCGACGACCUUGGAAAUAUCGUGGAAAAUGUUAGCGAAAAUAUAGCAGAAAACGCAUCUUCAAGUCCCGAGUUUACUUGUCAGCCAAAAGAAAACCAGGCAAAGCGUUCAAAUAUCAAAUCGAUUUUGGAAGAGUCCGAAGUUAGUGCUCAAGUAAUUUGCGAACUGGAUACGGAUAAAUUAAGCAGAAAUAGCAGAAUCAAGAUGGUUCAGAUACUAGUGGCUUACAUAAUUAAUCAGUUUGGAGAAAGGCCUCAUGCAGACAUCAAAAUCCAAAUGGCAAAGGCAGUGGUAGAGCAGUUUCCUUUCCUUAAAGACGAAGAGGGUCAAGGAUAUGAAGCUUGGUACACGCCAGGAAAGGGAAUUCAUUCUUCUACAGGGUGGUUGGAAGAACGGCUUAGAAAUGUUAGGAGAAAGAGCAUAAAACACCGUCAGACUGAACAAGAAUUUGGCUCAACUUCAACUUCUCUAAAACACUUGCCGAAUCUACCAGGUUAA